GGAAGCUUUUGGGCGUGGGACCGCGAGAAGCCGCUUGUAAACAGAGCCGGGCCGGGAUGGUCGGCAGCCGGAGCGCAGCCGCUGGCGGAAAUUGAGGAUUGGCGAGACAUUGCUUUGGCAAACACCUCCCUGCUGUCUUCACUUAAAUCUCAAAGAACAAGCUCCCCACACUCCUGUGCUUGGCCUUCUCUAGGCAGCCAGAUGAAGAUUGCUUCCUCUCCUUUGCACAGUUGCACUGCUGAACCACCUCUCUCUGUUGGCUGAAUGUUCAUGACACCUCUUCCUGAAGCAGAUUAGAAACUUGGACCCUGUGUCAUGGAAGCUUUGGAAGUAGAUGACAUCAGCCCCGCCUUAGAGGUUACUGAGGAUUUCUUUAGUACUUUUGACAGUAAGCUGGAAAAGACUGUCCAACAAGCAGAGGUUUAUGGGAUCCAGGAAGUCCCUGAACUGGUGGGGCAUGAGGUACUUGGUAACUUAACAGACAAUGGUGCUUUAAGAAGCAUUGCUUCCCUGGGCAAGGGGACAAUGAUUUGGGACCACUGUAAGAGCAGGCUUUUAGAAACCAAAGCUCAAAAUGUCUUCCCUGCCAAAGAACAGCUUAUGGUCCAGAGAGGGACAGCCCCAGAUAAUCUUUCCUGGAUGGAACAAAAGGAAGCGUCAACCUUCAACUUUUUCAACAUCUGUCAGCGUCGGAGGGACAGACCUCGUUCUGUGAAUGACUUAUUGGAUGAGACCACAACUUUCAAGCCAGGCCAUGCUCGGUCAAGGUCCGACGUUACCCACGUAGACUGGCGGGUAGUCCUUAGCACCAUGCCUUUGCAGCAGCAGCAGCAGCAGCAGGCUUCCCUUCAAGGCACUCACUUUCCCAGGCCAUCUUUUCUGUUGUCUUCACCCAGCAAGGUUGAAGAUGCUCAAGGAAAUACAGAACACAAGCAGACAUUCCCAAACAUACUGAAGAAGGGUUAUCUGGAGAUCAGGAAGAACCAUGACAGUUACUGGCAAAGCUGUUAUGCAGAACUCUCACCCUACAACUUAAACUUCUACAGCCUUGAUAGCAGCGGGAAUCAAAACCUGUAUGCUACAUACCAGCUUUCCCACUUCCAGAGCAUAUCUGUUUUAGGCAAUCUUGAGGCUAGGAUGGUAGACACUGUUCUCUAUGACAAUUCUCAACUGCAGCUAAAGGCAGAGUCUCCAUGGGAGGCAUUGGACUGGGGGCAGAAGCUCUGGGAAGUCGUGCAUGCUGCUGUACCCAAUUACAUGGGAAGGCAGGGUGAGAUGGCAAACUCUCCAGGACUCGGUCAUCAUGGUGACUGUGCCAUGAACCACUGUUUACAGAAGAAAUCCAGUGGGCUGCUGGCCUCCCCUGUCUUGGAUAACCCCAAACAGUACCAAAACAUCCUCAAAUCAGGGACACUCUACAGACUGACUGUCCAAAACAACUGGAAGGCCUUUACAUUUGUGCUGAGCAAGGCCUAUCUUAUGGCUUUCCACCCUGGCAAGCUAGACGAAGAUCCCUUGUUGAGCUACAAUGUGGAUGUGUGUCUGGCUGUGCAGAUAGACAACCUGGAUGGUUGUGACUCUUGCUUUCAAGUCAUUUUUCCCCAGGAUGUCCUCCGCCUCCGGGCUGAGACCCGACAGAGGGCUCAGGAAUGGAUGGAGGCUCUGAAGACAGCAGCCAAUGUUGCAAGGAGUUCUGAGCAAAAUCUGCAAGUCACACUGCGGAACAAACCCAAGGAUCAGCUAGGUGGCCGCGAGCUGCGGAAGAACAAACGCCAGUCUGUGACCACCAGCUUCCUGAGCAUCCUGACGACGCUGUCUUUGGAGCGAGGACUCACUGCUCAGAGUUUCAAAUGUGCAGGGUGCCAGCGAUCUAUUGGUCUCUCUCACGGCAAGGCCAAGGUGUGCAAUUACAGCGGGUGGUACUACUGCAGCAGCUGCCACGUGGACGACAGCUUUCUCAUCCCAGCACGCAUAGUUCACAACUGGGACACCUCAAAAUACAAGGUGUCCAAGCAGGCCAAGGAGUUUCUGGAGUAUGUGUAUGAAGAACCUCUGAUCGACAUCCAGCAGGAGAACCCCAUGCUGUACCUCCAUGCUGAGCCACUGGCCACCGUUGUACGGCUGCGACAGCGGUUGAAGUCACUCCGGGCCUAUUUGUUCAGCUGCCGGGCAGCAGUGGCAGAGGAUCUGCGCCGCAGAAUUUUCCCCAGAGAAUACCUCCUUCAACAGAUCCACCUGUACUCUCUUGCUGACCUGCAGCAGGUGAUAGAGGGAAAGCUGGCUCCAUUCUUGGGCAAGGUCAUUAAAUUUGCCACCGCGCAUGUCUACAGCUGCAGUCUCUGUAGCCAGAAAGGGUUCAUCUGUGAGAUCUGUAACAACGGCGAGAUCCUCUACCCCUUCGAGGACAUUUCAACAAGCAGAUGUGAAAGCUGUGGAGCUGUCUUCCAUUCUGAGUGCAAAGAAAAGUCGGUCCCCUGCCCACGGUGUGUCAGACGGGAGCUGCAGAAGAAGCAGAAGUCCUUCUGGCGGCAGCUGAACGUGGAUGAAAGCCUGGAGGAGGCGUGCACCAUGUUCGAGCUGUCCUACCAAAACACCUGACUGCAGGCCGGGCUGCACUCACCUCGACCCAGGGGACUGCCCAUGCCCAUGCCCAUGCCCAUGCCCAUGCAGAUGAGGCCAUUCCUUCUUCAGCUAGAUGUAGAUAGAUAAGUUAUUUAUUAUAUUAUAUACACCUAUACGUCCUGUACGUAUGAUGCUUUGUAUAACUCAUUGUCCAGGAAGACCACAAAGAUCUUGUGGCUGAACUCCUACAGAUAGCUGAGUUACCCUUGGCCAUGACAUUUGCUGCUUGCUCCCAGCAAAUGUGAUUUACACACAUUGUUCUGUAGUUCAGACCCCUUUAUGCACACUGGCUCUAGGGGCCAGUUGACUGCACAGGUAUUGGAGGAAACACUUUUCACAGCAAAGCUUUGCAUUGCUACUGAGAUUUAGCCUUUGCUGGGGAAACUGAGGUAAGAGCCAUUGUCAUCUGCUUCACAAGGACAUCCCUAAAACACAAGAAUGUUUCUAGAUACUUCCAGGCCCCAGAGUCCUUGGCAGAGAUGAGAAGAGUGAAGCAGAGCCACACAGCAGAAAGCAAGAGGCCCCUUCCUGCAGCAGAGAGCAUCAGGAGCAGAGCUACCCUGGGUUUGAACUCAGUCCCUGAGAGAGGACAGAAAGUAAGGACCUCGGUGGCCAGUCACUGCAUGUUGGCCGUCUGUUGGCUGGUACGAAGCCCAGCGCCUUCCUGUUGAUCAGACUCACGAUGCCUGCCAGGGAGUGCACAUGAGUGCCCUAAGAACAGUUGCCAAGCGUGGAAUGGAGGACACUGGGCAUGUUUUUCAUGGUGCUGCCCAGGAGGAAGUGUCCCAGGUUUGCACUCAAGCGUAUCAGUGCAUUGUCUGCUAGGUAGAGUUUACUGCACGAAUCUUGGAGGACCCGAUGUUUCCUUCCCCAGAGUCCUCCCUCGGCAGUGCCCACCUGUCAUUUGAAUGUUUUAUUUCUCCUUGUCCUUCACAGCACUUUUGACCUUUAUUCAGUCCACAUGACUACUCUUGCUUUUGUAUUCUGGGUGUUUUGUUUGUUUGGGAUGGGGGCUUAUUUUAAGACAGGGUCCUGCUGUAUAUCCCUGGCUGGCCUCUAACCGUGACCCUGCUGCCUCAUCCUCCAAACGCUGGCACUACAGGUGUGCACCACCAUACCUGGCUUUACUUGUUUUUAAUUAUUUUUUUAAAAUAUUUAAAAGUAAAAGUUAUGUAAUUAUUAAAAGUUAUUAAGAAGUAACAUUUUGAAAAAUGCAAACCUAAACUAUUAAGAAAAUACCAAACAUAAAUAGAAUUAAUAAAUUAAUAUUAUUGAAAUAAGUAGAUAUAUACAUAUAUAAUUGCCACCUUACAGUAACACAAAGAGUAACUAGUGUGGUAGGAAUGAGAAGUGAACCACUUGGCUCUUUGGAGGAUAGUGUACCCCCACUGUGAUCCCCUUGUAAGAGCCUGCGUAGUUGUCACUGUGACCAGGAUGGCUGCUAGGAAAGCACUGAGACCCUGACGGACGGACAGCGUUCCUUCUUCCUUAACUCUUUCCAAGGCAGGAGAAUGGACUCACCAGGAAGUACUUGUUUGUGUCUUUCACCUGGAGCUGGUGUUGCCCACUGCCGCCCAUGCUUCUGUCCUUUGGGAUUUUCACUGCUGUUCAGAUUAGGGGAAACACUGACUCACAGAGAAUGCUGCAGUUCAACUCCAAGUUGCUCCCACAGGCACCAGCUCUUGGUGCUCCUGUCUAGUAGGAAACAUUCAGCUGACUUGUACAGUUAGAGGCAAGCAUUUCACCUCUUGGCCCACACCAUUUCCUUUGGCCCCAGACCAUGCAGUUGAACACCACACGUGUGUUCAUUUUCUAGCUACCCGGAAGCUAUAGCCGAGGCAUGAAACUUGGUAAAAGGCCAGGGCCCUAUUUACCAGACACCUCACGGUGCCUUUUAUAAACUCUUGGGAAGGCAGGUUGACCUCACUGGAGUGAGUGGCAGGGAAUGUUGCACAUAAAGGACAAGGGUGGAAAGUCUCAAACACUUGGCAAAACAGGCAAACAGAUUUGAGUAUCUCUCUUCCUCCUCCCAUUCGUGAAAUACAGUAUUUAUAUUUUCCAGCCUCAGAGAACAGAACAUGAUCUUUCACUGGAGAAUUCUAGACCUGCUUAUUAUGAAACAGAUGUGCUCCCGUGGCACAGUGCCUUCUCUCUCCACCCCCAGUCCCUGUCACCGUAGCUUACUCUUGACCUUUGCUGAAAUUAAUUUAUCUGUGAUUCUGACUGACAAAGACGCCAUUGCCAGCACACUGAGCACAGAGACCUGAAGAACAGAGCCCCCGACCCCAGGUUGGCCCCAUGUCCUGCCCAACUCACAGGUGCCCAAGAUUAGACCUAAUAAAAGCCGAGGGUGAAAUCUGGAUCCCUGUUCAGCACCCCUGAGUUGUCUGUCCCCACUGCCCCUUAGAGGGCCCUGCUGUGUGUGAGCAGACCUUGGACGCUCCUAAGACCUUUCCCCGGACAUUGCUUUGUGUUUAUUUUUUAAGGGUAAAGAUAAGCGCGCCGUCAUUCAUGAUCUGGAGCUGAAGCCACGUCCUGCUACUUCUGUUUUCACUCUGUGGUACGUCCCCGCUAGCCUGGUCCAUGCCAGCUCUGGACUCAACACAGCGAUCCCUGCCACCACCACCCGAAUCUGAUAGGACACCAUGGAGCCAGAUCAGGAGUUGGGUCUGCCAUGAAAAUUCAAAAUUGCUAUUUUCAGCCCAGAAUGCCUUAGAGUACAUGAAGGCCCUUACUGUUUCCAGGUCUAACAAAUGACUUGGUGCAGUGUUAGGUAGUUGUUCCACUGCUUAGAAACCAUCGGAACAAAAGCAAGCCUGUGCAUUUCCACCUCCUUUUUCUCAUCUCAGUAAGUACCAUACACGCAAAGCAUAAUGGAAAACGGUCCAUUCAUCUCCUGAAGCUGCUAGCAAAGCCCAGGGGACGGCUUUUCACUAAACAGCCAUUCCCUGGGAUAGCACAAGAAUUCCCUCCUGCUAGUGCCAGAAACUCAUGUGUGACACCAUCCAGCCUGGGGGAAGUGUUGGCACCCAACCCCACCGUUAAGAAGCCAGUUCCUAAAAUAGACCUGCGUUUGCACCACAGUAGGAAGGCUGCAGGGUGCUCCAAAGGCAGUCAGCUCUGAUGGGAGAGGAGUUCUUUCCAGGGCUGCCUGUUCCCAAAGUUGGACGCAGCCUUAUAUGAAAACCAUGUAAAAACUCUUGUCUUCCCCCUGACUUCGUGUGCUGAGUAACAGCCAUCUUUUGGGAGUUUUCACAUUUGAUGAGCUGAAAGGUUAACUGCUUCUUGAUUCUUCUAUAAUAGGU